AUGUCCCUCUUUCCCCUUCUCCUCGCCGCUCUGCCAACAGUCUCGAGCUGGGCCGUGAAUACCUCUCUGACAGAGCGGGCCUUAACUUCAGCCAUAUCGUCAGGCUGUCCGGCCAAUAGUCCGACUUCAUGUGGGAGCACGACCUCUAGCAACACAUGCUGCUUCGAGUCGCCCGGAGGAUUGUUACUGCAAACCCAGUUCUGGGAUGCGACGCCUGUGUCUACCGGCCCAAAUAACAGCUGGACAAUCCAUGGACUGUGGCCGGACAAUUGCGACGGGACCUUCAGCGAGAACUGCGAUUCCUCGCGCGACUACACCGGCAUAUCCACGCUCCUCACCAACCAGGGUGCUGCCUCGACGCUUUCGUUCAUGAAUACCUUUUGGAAGAAUCUGCCCUCUGAUGGGACGGACGAGUCGCUCUGGGAGCACGAAUGGGCGACCCAUGGCACGUGCUACAGCACUCUGAAGACCAGCUGUCUGCCCUCCGGAAGCUCGAAAGGGGCGGAAGCUGUCGCAUUCUUCGAGACCACCGUCAAACUCUUCCAAACACUGCCCACAUUUGAUUGGCUCUCCGCCGCGGGGAUCGUCCCCUCUUCAUCGACAACUUACACGUUGUCUGCUUUGCAAGCUGCUGUUCGGGCAAAGUGGGGGUUCACGCCCGCGUUCCAAUGUAGCGGCUCGACAUUGAACGGGGUAUUCUACUACUUCAACCUGAAGGGCAGCGUCAUCGAUGGAACUUUCGUGCCGAUUAACGCUGCCACGGCCUCGACUUGCUCGAGCACGGGUAUCAAGUACGCGCCAAAGACGACCGGGAGCAGCGGUGGAGGCGGUGGUGGUAGCACCGGAACCCUCCCCGCCAAAGCCACACUUGUCGCCUCCUCCGUUGGGGGCAUCCUCUCUCUUGGCACGUGGUCCACGCAGACGCUCGCCACCUUCACGAUAUCCGGCACUGUUGACUCGUUCACAAUGACCUCCUCCAAGGGCAACUGCGGCGUCGCGAGCGGUACCUUCGCAUGCGGCUCUGGCGUUUCCCUCACCUCCUUUUCCGCCGUAUCCAGUGGCGGAAAACUGUUGUUGGCGAGCGGCGGAUCGACGAGCUGGACAAGCGACGCCACGCCGAGUGGGUCGACGGUGCAGACGGUGUUCACUGGCUCGGGCCAUGCUCAGGAUUAUACCCUGGCUAUUACGUCGACAUAA